AUGACAGAACAUUACAUCACCCACAGAGUCUCCCCAGAGGAUGAGGAUCUUCAGCCUCAGACGGCAGCAGGGGGGGGGGGGGGGGGGGGGGGGGGGCGCUCUGCAGGGGCCGCUCCAGCCCCGUCCCCCAGUGUGGCCAGCGCUCCGAGGGCCCUUCACGGUGAUGAAGUGUCCGGGACGCACAGGCUACCAGCGGCUGCUAAUUAA